GAACAUCCCGUAUAAAAUAUCAAACAACACUAAUCUGCACCGUCGGCACUUUUUAUUAGAAUUUCGGCACUUUAAUUUUUCAUCCGGUGUAGAUUUUUCUUAAAUUAAAUUAAAGUAAAGGUUUAAAAUAUGAAAAUCUUCGUUAACGUUGUGCUGGUGCUUUUGCUCUUGCAAAUGCAUUUGGCCAUUGGUGAUAAAAAACAAAGCAAGAAAUAUUCUCGUGAAGCUAAUGAACAAUACACACCACAAAAACAACUCAAGUCGAAAGAAAAAUCUAAUGAAGGCGAGUUUAAACUUACAACAGAGCGCUAUGACCCCGAUUUCCGUAAUCUACAACGACCUUUCCGAAUGGCCAAACUAAAUUUGGUCUGGGCUAAGGCACAAAAUCGACUGACUGAACCAAAAUUGAAGUCUUUGUACAUGGAACUCAAAAUACAAGAUAAGGAAGAGAUCGCAUGGAAACAAUUGAGUUCACAGCACAAAGAUAAAGAAGGUAUUAAAGAAGCUGAAUUGCGUCAAAAAUUGGUUGGUAUUAUGAGCACAUAUGACUUAUUGGAACAUUUCGAAGAUACGCAAGAUAAAGACAAGGUUAAACCAUAUAAGAAAUUUUAUGACCCAGACGAUAGCCACUUAAAUAAAAGUGCAUUUAAAGAUAAAAAACUUAAUCGUCUCUGGGCUAAAGCAGAAGUAGCGGGAUUUACUAAGGAAGAACUUGAUUCCCUUAAGCAAGAAUUUCAACAUCAUCAAGAUAAAGUUGAUGUAUACUAUAGCUUAUUGGAAGAUAUAGGUUCAACGGGCGGUCAAAAACAUGAAAAUGCCAUAAAUGAAGAUGAGCUCGAUAUAUUCAACAUGGUCGGAAAUGAUCCCAAUGAAAAUGAGAUUAAUACGCCUGAAAUGAAUUUAAAAAAAUACGAAAGCGAUAUAAACAAGUUGCGCGAUCACCAUCACGGCAUUAAAGAUCAUUAUGAGCGUUUGGAACGCUUAAUUUCUUCGGGACCACAUAGUCAAGAAUUUGUUGAACCAAAAGUACAAGGUCUAUGGCGUGUUGCACAAGCCAGUAAUUUUACAGAAAAGGAAUUGAGUUCCAUCAAAUACGAAUUGCAUCAUUUUGAAAGCAGACUGCUCAAACUGCGUAAUCUACAUGCUGAGCACGCUAUGCAGAAAGAGAAAUACAAGAACGAGAAGCAAAAGGACAAAAGCGGACGUUUUGAGGACAUGGAAGAUCACAUUAAGAAACAAACGCGUAAAGUUGAAAAAAUACAAGAUACAAUUGAAAAAACUAUAUUCAGACAUUCGGAGCUGUAGUGUCCUCCAAAAUUGGCGAUAGGCGUAAUCUUCAAACUUUUUGAAACAAUUUCGAAUAAACUAAUUUAAUAUUUAAGUAAACAGAUGCCAAAUUUGCAUAUAUCUAGGUUGUAUUAAUCUUAACAACUUGUGUAUGUAUAUAAAUUAAAUAUUUUCAUACUCAUCUUUCAUA